CAUCUUCUUUACAUUUAAAUUCCGGGUUGAUUCAGAAAGAAAGUAAAAAUCACUCUCGCAAAAUUCUUCAAAAAAUGCCUGCCACGACGAGGCCCUCCCCUCUCAAGUCGGGGACAAAUCGGGACAAAGCGAUAACCAUCGAUGCAAAUGAUAGGUCUGUUUUCGACACUAUCACCUCCAAGUGUAUCAGCCCUUAUAAGUAUGACACACAACGAAAAAACGGGGAUAGUGAAGGCUUCCGUGAGUCCCCAAUCAUUGCGUCCUCCAUCGGUCCUAAGAAUGCAACGGAUUCCUUAUCCAUCAACGAGACUGUGUCCAUAUACGGAAAUGGAUUUGUGGAGGGCAUCAUCCGCGCCUUCAACCAGAAUCUCGACCUAGUUAUCCGACCUGAAGAUGUGUGGCAGGCUAUCAUUUCACAGCUUAGCCUUUUCAUCCAUGGUGCUGAGAAUGCCGAACUCCUACAUAACACUUUCUACCCCUCUAAAGAAAAAGUGACGCUGGACCUCGCGAGCCACUCCAAACUCAAUUCUAACAUGGUGGCCCGUGGGUUUGCCUCCCGCAUCCGGGCCGAAGUUGCUGAUCCAAUGCUGCAUGCGCGGAUGCUGCAGUUGUUUUCCAGGACAACAUACCAUGACGAGGCGGUGGCAGCGUUCAGUACGAUGGGGACAAUGCAAAAACACUCGGAAUACGGUGCGAUGAUUGGAGGCAGCUUUCCCAGCGUGACGCUGCAGGGAACCCCAAAUGACUGGAAGUUACUUAACGCUCAGGUCAACAAGCUGAAGAAAUAUGAGAGGUGCAAAGACUGGGUCCGUCUGCUGCUGCCCAUUAUGCGUUAUAUGAGAAAAACCUUUGACGAGCCAGACUCGCAAGAGGUUAAAGACUUCUGGCUCCGCGUUGAUGGUGACGAUACGGACAUGAGUGGUGACCCCUGCAAAAUCUCGGGUUGGAUCACGGCAUUUGCGUAUUUUAAAGAUGACGGAAACGUCGCGAAAGAUUACUCCGGCAAACGGCUUAAGCUGGACGAGGUGUUUUAUCCAGUUCUCCAUCCAAAGGACAUUCCGAGUAGUCUGGCCCUAAUCCCUAUAACAAUACUCGACUUUGAAGCGGGCGUGCAACGAUUCUGCACAGCUGUAGCUGGUACUAUUGGUAUGUCCAUCUCGGAUGGAGGCGAAUCUCAGCCUCUUUCAAAAUCGCAGCCAUUUCCGGCGUGGUGGAUUGUGGAAGAAUUCGAAGAGUCAAUUGCUGUCAACCACAAUGGCACAAUGGCAGGCUAG